GCUCUAGGGCUUUUCAAUAUGGACCACAUUUUCAUCAACAUCAAAGAACCUGGCGACGCUCUGCAGCUCGCUAAAAAGUCCACCGUUCGAUCGCAUGUCGCUCGCCGUCAAUGGCAGGCUCAUACUGCAGCGAACAAGGACCGGAAAAGGAAGAGGGAGGAGUACCUCCCAUUACGAAUCGAGCUGGAUUGCUCAGGCUCAGGGUUGAUGAACAAUGUACAACCACCACAACCGUUGAUAGUGCCGGAGGGUGAAGAGGAGAAUCAUACAGCUCAAGCCCAAUAUACAGGCCAAACUACUACUGCUGCUUCCUUCAUGCUGCCCUCUAUACCAAUGAUGAUAGGUGGUCUACGUGUCGAUCCAUUCCGAUCAUAUCCCAUCGAGUUCAAGCCGCUCCUCCCAUGGCUCGUGGAUCACUACCUAGUAAGCAUGGCCGUCGACAUCCCUGAACUAGACCAGCCCGGAAACCGCGGCCUGCUUCGCACACGAUGGUUUCCCCUCGUGAUGACCGAACCGAGUCUUUUCCUGGUAAUCAUGUUGAUCGCAGCAUCACACUACGCGUCCGUGCAACACAACACCACCGAACUUAGACUCAACCUCCUCAGUAUGCGUGGCGAAGCCGUACAGGCCAUCAACCAGUCCCUCGCCAAACAACACGGGACGAUAAACGACGCCUUAGUCGGUGCAAUAGCCAAAAUGGCCAGCUAUGAGGCCAUGUUUGGUAACGUGGGCACAUACGGUGUGCACAUGCAGGGUCUGCAUCAGAUUGUGAAUAUUCGGGGCGGACUCGAUGGGCUUGGGCUGGGAGGGUUGUUGCAGAGGAUUGUGGUUUGGAUCGAUCGGAAUGGUGCGUUUCUGAACGGUUCGACGUUGUAUUUUCCAGGGGCGACAUUUGUCCAUGGGCAGCCGCUGCCGGAUCCUAAUCCGGGGCAUUUUCUUGGUGCUUCGUAACCGUGACUCGACGAGGGGGAAGGUUUGAGAGACGAGGGAAGCUAGGAUCGAAGGGCGUCGGCGUUUGGUCCAUUCUAUUGUAACUUCGGGGUUAGCAUGAGGGUUUCGGACUUUAGCGGAUCUCGAUUUGAGCGACAAUUGUGUGAAAAUAUUUGGGGGAAAUAGGAAUCCUGGACAGAAACACAGGGUCCCUUUGUAUAUAUGGAGUGUAGGAUGGGCCCGGAGUACGAGAUCACAUUGAGCAUUGACUCCUCUCUGAUGGUAUUUUAUUUCUACCAUACCAAAAACAGUUACCACUUUUACAGUCACGGCAUCAUCGACACUCCGCUAAUAAGUGGCGCCCCACUAUUUACCAGAUCGGGAUAACGCAUUCUGAGCUUCUCCACUCCCGUGUCCAUGGAUUGGGAUUUGCAUACUUC